GUUUUAGCUGGACAGUAAUGGUACAAUUUUCGACAAUUUUUGUUCCUAACAAAUGAGCCGAAGUCGAAGUCGCAGUUUGCCGCGCGAGCGACCCACGCGCCGCUGUCGAUCCCCGAGUCAUGACCGACGCCUGAGUAGACGCAAUAAGAGGAGUAGAAGCCCCGACGAUCGACGUAGGAAAGGCCGCUCUCGAAGCCGCAGCCCCAGCAUCGCUUCAUCGCGCUCUGAGAGCGAAGAGAGGCAUCACAAAAAACACAAGAAACACUCGAAAAAGAAGCACCACAAAAAGCACAAGAGGGACAAGGUGGAUGAACUACACGUUGAAGAGGCUGUAGCUCCUGAAGAAAGCAAAAAUGGCGAAGAAAUGAAGGAGCAGCCGACGGACACUACUACGCCAGUUGACGCGAGGAGCUUCUUCGAGCAGCUCCAGAAGCAGGAAGCGGCCAAGGAACCGGUGGGUACAGUGCAUGCUCGAGGCCUCCCUGCUCCCGUCUCUGCGACGGCGAUCUCGACGUCGGACAAGUGGGAGUGCAGCAAGGCAGGCUGUGGCCACAUGAACUCCAAAUACGCACCGGCCUGCAACAAAUGCGGCGCCAUGAAGCGAAUGACCGAGUGGCGAUAGAGUGCGAUUGUAGACUGCAACACUAGUGUG